GGCCCCAAGUUUAUUUUAAGAGUCCGCCACCGUGUUAUGGGCGUGUGCAACCGCCUCGACGGCAAUAAUAUGUCAGGACAAUGCAAUAUCCCCCUUGAACUUGGGGAACAGCUCGAGCAACCACCUUUGGAGGCCCCAGGGGCAGCUGCCCCCAGUGCUGGGCCUGGCACAGCCGAAGAGAUGGAGACCGAACCGCCUCACAGCGAGCCCGUCCCCAUCGAGAUUGAAGACGAGGCCUGUGGACCCCCAGAGAUCUCCAGUCCCAACCGCCAGGACCUCAACCAGGCCACUGAGGAAGCUGGAACCCAUGGAAGCUACAGCCCACCUCCUGAGGAAGCCAUGCCCUUCGAAGUCGAUCAGCCAAGCUUGGGAGGCUUCUGGCCUACCCUGGAGCAGCCUGGAGGUACCCCUGGGGCCCAUGAAGGCCUCGAGGCUUUCAGCCCAGCAUUCAUGGAGCCCGGAGUCUUUGGUGAUGCCAGAUCAGGCUUGGGAAGGUACAGCCCUCCUCCUGAAGAAGCCAUGCCCUUUGAGUUUGAGCAGUCUGCCCAGGAAGGCUGCAGCCAACUUGUCUUGCAGGUCUCAGACCUUGCUCAAGGAGGUCCAGGUCCAGGGGUCUUCAGUGCCCCUCCAGAGGAGCCCCGAGCCCGCAGGCCUGCAAACACAGGCUUCAGAGGAGCCUGCAGCCCUCCCCCUGAGGAGGCUUUGCCAUUUGAGUUUGAUGGAGGAAGCUUUGGGGGUGACAACCAACCCCCUGGGCUCCCCCGAGCUAUCCCACAAAUCGACUACGACGACGGCCAGUUCGUGGCAGUCGCGAUCCCGAGUGCGGUCCUCCUCGCUCCCAGCGCGAACGAGCCCCCCCUCUGGGUCCCGGGCGCCAGCAGCAGCCCAUCCCGAGAGGCCGUCAGCGCUCCUUCACACCUCACAGGCGACAGCCCCCCGAUGGAGAUCCCCGGACCCCAGCUCGAGAUUGGCAGAGCCCCCACUGGGGUCGACUACGCUCCCGUCAACAUGGACAGCCCCCCAAUCGCGUUGGAUGACCCGCCCAUCGAGGUCUCCCGAGCCCCAGUUAAGAGAGAGCGAGCAGAGGGAGAGAGACCCCCAGCUGAGGGAGAAGCAACCGAGAUGGAAGGAAGCUCAGCCGCCGCUGCCGCGGAGGGAGAAAAGGUCCCUUCUACGGGGGACGGCGCUCCCGCCGCCGGGGCCGCCCCAGCCUCUCCCGCCGCCGGGGCGGCCCCGGCCGCUCCAGUCCCCGGGGCAGCCCCUGCGGCCCCUGCUUCCGGAGCCCGCCCCAAGCUGCGUUUCCUUAGACCCCCCAGCCCCGAGAUCCAGGCUGCCGAUCCGCCUACUCCGCAGCCUCCUCGGGCGUUUGCCUGGCGGGGCAGGUCGGAGCGCGGCCACGACGACGACGAAGGGUCGGUCAGCAGCGACGACGACCACAGCAGCGACGAAUCCGACGAUGGGACCUCCGGAUGCCACCGCUGGCUGCAAUCCCGGAGAAACCGCCGCCGCCGAAAGCCCCGGCGCAACUUGCUCCGCAACUUCCUCAUGCAAGCCUUCGGAGGCUGCUUCGGCCGGGCCGAGAGCCCCCAGCCCAAAGCCCCGCGCGGCCCCAAGGUCAAGAAGGUUCCUCUGGCGGAGAAGCGCAGACAGAUGCGCAAGGAAGCCCUGGAGAAGCGCGCCCAGAAGCGCGCAGAGAAGAAACGCAGCAAGCUCAUCGACAAGCAACUGCAGGACGAAAAGAUGGGCUACAUGUGUACACACCGCCUGCUGCUUCUAGCUGGACAAACCAGCGCCAGCGACCGUAAGAUGCCCCCGAGUCCUGGGGUGGGGUCCGGCAAGAAAGGCGGGGGCUUCAGGUGA